UGCUAUUAACACAAAUACAUCCGACCUUGUAAUUGGCGUUAUGUGAUGUGACUUUUUUUUUAUAAAGCUCUAUAUUGUUUGGAUUAUUUUAAAACUGUACAUAAACGGGAGACAAUGCAAUAGUGUGUGGAACUAGUUCACAUGUGGUUGUGCGGCGAGGACUUCUGAAGAAUCCUUUUGUAACUUACUGGACUGCACUGUAUUUUAUUUCAAUCUUAAACACACUCUUUUCUGAAUAUACUUUGGAUAGUUUAGGUAAUGUAUUACAUGUCAAAAUAUGUAAUAUUGUUUAAAUUUGGAAACUGGAAUUUGAAUAUGUUAAUCUAAAAGGGAAAUAGUUUGUUUAAACACCCAGCUGUGAAAAGAGGUAUUUACGGAGAACUGGAUUUUUAAAUGUACAAAUAUUACUAUUUAAUCACAGUUUAAAAGUGUAAUGUAUGGGUGCUUGAAUGAGCAAUGACAUUGUUUUGGUAAACAUUGUCACAAGCGAUCAACUAUUCAUUAGUUAGGUUAACACGUGCCCAGUUAUUAUUCGUCACAAACAAAGCUCCAUGUAUGUAGGCAUGGCUCAACUUUCGUACCUUGUGUGAAGAGAAUUACUGUGAAAGAGUUUCGAACCCUUUUCGUUUCUUUCAUAUGUUUUGUUGGGAAGUAAACUGAUACAGUACACAAUUAUCAAGAUGUCGUUGCCACGUAAGUUCGAUGCGAAACGCCAUAGCGACAGCUUGGAUGGGACCCCAGGAAUUUAUAGAAAACUAACUGAUGCCGAAAUCAUGGAAGAUUUUUUCAAAGCGAAAGAAGCUGAGCGUCUAUUUCUAAACCAUGAGGUGAAAAUAGCUCCCGAAAAAGAACCUACAGACGAUAACUCUGUUGAAAAACAGGAGGUAAAAUCGACUAUAAAAUCGAGUUCCAGUGCACGGACGACAACACAGAAACCAGUUAUACCGAGAAGAAAACAAGAGACAAAACCCGCCAUUCCUAAGCGUUCUGCAACACUACAGCCUGUCGUUCCACAACGUUCUGGAAAAACUAAACCCAUUGUUCCACAGAGAGCUGCAACGACAGCAAAAUCGACACCAGCGUUGCGAUUUUUCACAGAGAGAACCAAAAAAGUCAACGGAAAUGCCACCAACAAUGACAAUAGUAAUCUGAAACGAGCAGACGAGAAAAGAUCAUCCUCAUCUUCAUCUUCGUCUAGUUCAAGUUCGUCCGGUUUGAAGAAACCCAAAAGAAAUCGCAGUUUGAUUGUUGACAAGUCUUUCGUCCCGGUUAGUAAUUACUAUCAUGAAGUUAAUAACACAAUUCCAGAAAGAGUGAUAGAAGAAAAGGCUCAGAUACGACGUAAGAUGAAGUCAACCAAAGUAGAACAAGUACAUCUGGAAAAAGUCAAACCUGAAAUGAACGACUCAACCGAGUCGACACUCGAGAAUCAGAUAGCUUACUACGGCCCAGUCGUUCUAGUAGAUUCACAAGAAGACCUUACUAAUCCAGAUCUAGUUACUGGUGGCCAAUGGGAAAUCGAGGACGAGAUCAUUCCUGCAAACAGGGCACCAGCGAUGAUCACGUUCAAACCACCUAGCCUUACGUCAGAGGUUGAUACAUCUGGAAUACAAGAAAAAGCUAACGGAAUGGAAAGUGGGGAAAAUAUUUCGAUGAAUAAUAACAAUUACAUAGAUGAGGAUAAUUAUAUAGAAAUUCCAACUGUGCCAGUUUCGUCAAGGUCAUUACAGGAACCCUCCUGUGGAGGUAACUUGACUGUUUCAAGCCCUAAAGGUGAUAUGGAAUGGUGUUUAUCAUCAGAACGAUCAAGUACGCCAGUUGAAAAGCCAGAUGAAAACUAUUGUGAUCCUUAUGAAUUUGAAAUAAGGACCAGACCAACAAUCAAUGAUUCUAUACCAAGUGACAAAUCGUCCACCCCACCGCCACUACCGUCCACCAAUCCUCCACCAUUAAGGAAAGACCUACCACCAGAUUUUAACAUGGAACAUACAGUAAAGAAACUACCCGUAGAUUGGAAGACGAACGAAACAUCCCAACAUGAAGGUGACGACGAAGUAUUUGCCGUAGAGGCUAAGACGACACUUCCACCCCAAUGUCAAGAUAAUCGUUAUUUAGAAAAUGGCUCCGAUGAGAUAACAGCUAGACAUGAGAAACAAUUAGAGGCCAAUUUAGAACCAGGACAAGUUCAGAUUAUCAGUGCAAUGGAUAUCAACAAACCAUCAGGUGGCCACAUAAAUAAAAAGAAAACCCGAAAGCCAAAAGGCAGCCAUUCUUCGGAUAGUUCAAGUUCUUCAAGUUCCUCUGAUGACGAAGAGAAAAAACGAAAUAUAAAGAAUUCCUCGACACCUAAAGACGAAAAUGUGUUGAUAAAUGGAGAUGCUGAUAGUACAAAGAAAAAACGUAAAAAUUCGUCAUCUGAUGACAAAAGACGUUCUUCAGAUCAAGGACCAUCGCCGCCACCCAGAAAAUCUAAAUUAAAUAAAACGGACAAUCACGAAGUGGAAUUGCCCUUAAACAUUGAUAGUAUAAAGCUGCCGCAAGUUAACAAGGACAGACACAGCACUACAUCUUCAUCCAGUAACAGUGAUACAGAAAAAAACAAACAGAAUAAAAAUAUAACAACACCAAAGCCAAAUUCCGAUUUAAGAUUAGAUGUAUCAAAAAACAAGGAUGACAGUCCAGAUGAAACAGGACCUAAAGCUGGUGAUUUCUUGGAUUUUUCUAUCAGUACAAGUGAUUCGCCGCCUGUCUAUAGUACGCCUCGCGGUCCUUGCAAUAAAAUCAGAUCUGUGUCUUCCUAUUCCAGUUCAUCUGAAGACGAACACAAAACACCUUAUAAAAUAUCUGGAGGUGUUCCUAAAUCUCCUAAAUCAAAUGAAAAUAAACAGGAAAUAUCCUCCAGUCCACAGCGUUUGGACCUUAAUCCCAUUGAAAGCCCAACUAAAAAUGUAGCAUUGGCUCCCGAAAACCCCACAAAAGAUGAUACCGAUAAAGCAAUUAUUCCUGCAUUAGACAAAUCAGUAUCAAGUACGGAUUCUGUGUCAUCCGAAAAUAUAACAUCUUAUAAUAUUCACACUGAAAGCGAAUCAGAUCCCGAUAAGAAAUCUACUAAGAACAAGAACCCAGUAUUAAAAUCACCAGAAAUAACCAACUGUCAACCUAAAUUACCCGAAAUAUCGCACAAAAUAUCACCAAGUCAACCGACAGCUGAAACUCGUCACCCGAAUAAAAAAGACAUCGGAACACAAGUUUCCGUUGAUGGUGCCAGAUCUAAAACACCAGAAACUCCCAAAGAUAAAAGUUCAAAAAGCAUCACUGCCUCAAAGAAUAAGUCCCCGAGCAAUAGCACAAAGAAGACAAAAAAUAGUACCACUUCUAACAGUAGCAGUAGCAGUAGCAGUUCAGAUUCUGAAACAGGUGAUAGCAAAAAUGAUAAGAAAAUCAAAACAUCAAAAAAUAAGAGAAAAUCCAAGCGAACCGACAGUUCAGGGGGUAUCAGGGCGAAACUAGGCGAGUUGUUCAAGCGCAAAGAGAAGAAACCCAAAAUGGAGAAAGAAAAGAAGAAAUCGACAACUGACGAGGAUAAUAAAGAAGGUAAAGUCGACAUCCCAACUCCGAAGGUAUGUACUCCAGAGCAGGUUUACGACGAACUUAUUGUUAAGAAAGCUCCUGGUGUUGGUGCUUCCGUUAAUGUACCUGAUGUCAAUCAUUGUCAUAAGAAAACUAGCACACCUUCUCGUCCUUCUGCUGACAUUAAUAUAGCGACCCCUUCGCUUCCACCGAAGAUUAAUAACGGAGGUGUCACUGUAACUGCACCUUCACUGACUUUGGGAAAUACCGGAGACGUAAAAAUAAAUACCCCGUCACCCCCUUCUGUGGAUUUACCCAAGUUGAAAGGGGGUGUUGAUAUAAACCCUCCCUCUGUGAAUGUACCGGGAGACAUCAAAAUAGGAACCCCGUCGCCUCCUUCUGUGGAUUUACCAAAAUUAAAAGGAGAUGUUGACAUAAACCCCUCCUCUGUAAAUGUACCUAAGCUGAAUACGGGAAACAUCAACAUAAAAACCCCUUCACUUCCUUCUGUGGAUAUACCUAAUGUUAAAACUGGUGAUAUUAAUGUAGCAGGAUUAGAAUGCCAUUCCGUGGAUGUACCCAGUAUACCAACUGGCCGUGUCAAUAUUGGGAAACCUAAAGUUGUUCCUGCCGAUUUACAAGAAAUUAAUGUAAAUGUAACGUCCCCAUGCAAUGCAGAGUUUAAGGACAAAUCACCAAAGGGCGACGGCAAUAACGAUAAAUUGAAUACCUCUUCGUCGAGCAGCGACAGCUCAUCCAGCCACAAGAGUUCUUCAAGCAAUAGUAGCAGGAAUCCAACACAGAACAAUAGCAUAAUUAUAGAAGAGAAUCCCAACCAGCAGGCAUUAGACAAUUCACCAAAGGACGCAAUAAUUGAUCAAAUAAAUCAUGCUACAAGUUCCCCUCUGUGUGUAUCGCCUUCAUUAACAACACGCACCCCAGUUAAAGAGGAGAUAUCAACUCCAUUGAAGCACCCAACAACCGACACCAUCAACUCUUCCCACCAACAGUAUUAUACUGAUGGACAUCACUUUGUUGUUGUAGCAAUCGACUUUGGUACAACAUUUAGCGGUUAUGCGUUUAGCUUCGUUCGAGACCCAGACAAUAUUCUAAUGAUGAGAAAAUGGGAAGGUGGAGAUCCGGGUGUUGUCAAUCAAAAGACCCCUACAAUAAUCCUUUUGGAUCCAAAUGGAAAAUUCAAUUCCUUUGGUUUUACUGCUCGAGAUACGUACAACGAUUUAGACCCCAAAGAAGCUGCCUCCUGGCUGUACUUCGAUAAAUUUAAGAUGGUUUUACACCAUCAAUCGGAGUUAACAAAAGACACAAUGGUCGCAGCUAGUAAUGGCAAGUUAUUCCCAGCAAUAAAUAUUUUCGCCUACGCACUUAAGUUUUUGAAGGAUCAUGCCCUACAGGAGCUGACGGAUCAAUCUGGAUUCCAAAUUAUUAACGAGGAUAUCAGAUGGGUUAUUACAGUUCCUGCUAUAUGGAAAGCUCCUGCUAAACAGUUCAUGAGACAAGCUGCCUAUAAUGCUGGUUUGGUAUCUUCUGAUUCUCCUGAUAAACUCCUUAUAGCUCUAGAACCGGAAGCUGCAUCUAUAUACUGUCGGAAGUUAAAGAUGCAUCAGUUAAUCCCCGAAUACCCAAUACAGCGACCUUUACAAUCACCCAAGCAUUCUCAUCCAGAAGAAAUAGACGACAACCCGGCCUGUACUAACGUCCAUAUAGACGUAAGUCCUACAGAAUACAGUUUUCCGUUACAAUUAUCACCCAACCAGACACUGGAUUCCUCUAUGAGAGGAACUAGAUACAUGGUGGUUGAUUGUGGUGGUGGUACUGUUGACAUCACGGUUCACGAACUCAGUUUGGCGGGAAAAUUGAUAGAACUACACAAAGCUACAGGCGGACCACAUGGAGCUACAGGUGUUGAUCUAGAGUUUGAGAAGUUAUUGGGUUGUAUUUUUGGUCCAGAAUUUAUUACACAAUAUAAACAAAGAUAUCCUGUAGGUUGGGUUAAUCUCAUGACCAAUUUUGAAUCAAGGAAAAGAUCAGCAAAUCCGGCAAAACCUACUUCAUCCAACGUUUCUCUUCCAUUUUCAUUUAUAGAUUACCAUAAAAAACAUAAGGGUAAACAAGUAGAAGUGAUGGUAAAGAAACAUGGCGAUCAUGACGUCAGAUGGUCAGCACAAGGGAUGUUAAGACUGAGUCCAGAAGCCAUGAAACUUCUCUUCGCUCCUACCCUAGAUAAAAUCAAACAAGCUAUUGGUGAUAUCAUCAAUCAUCCACAUUGUCGUAGAUUAAAGUAUAUGUUUUUGGUAGGAGGAUUCGCAGAAUCGCCUAUUUUGCAACAUGAGAUACGUAAAGAAUUCGACAGCGAUAAAAAUCAUAUCGUUAAAGUUUUAAUACCCCAAGCCGUCAGCUUAGCCAUUCUUAAAGGUGCUGUAAUGUUUGGAUUGGAUCCAAUGGUGGUUAAUGUUCGCAGAUCCAGGGUGACGUAUGGUAUAGGUGUGCUUAACCGCUUCGAUCCUGAGAAACAUCCGGAAUCAAAACUCGUCACAAGAGACGGCAAAGACUGGUGCACGGAUGUGUUUGAAAAAUUUGUCUGUACGGACGAAGCCGUAGCGUUAGGGGAUGUAGUGGUGAAGAGUUAUACCCCAGCAGUUUCGGGGCAAACCAAGAGCAUCAUCAAUAUGUAUUGUAGUGAAAAUGAACACGUCCAAUUUAUUACGGACCAGGGUGUGAGAAAAUGUGGAACACUAACCCUUGAUCUAUCCCAGUAUGAAAUCCAGGAGUCAGCGUAUCGGCGCGAAAUUCAAAUUCGAAUGUGUUUCGGGGAUACAGAAAUUAAAGUGAGCGCGCAAGACAUUACAACUGGCCAGGUAGUACGGAGUAUCAUUGACUUUUUAAACAAAUAGCUCAUGUUUACAAGAAAAUAAAUGUUAUGAUUGAAAACCGGUCGCUCAUUAAGACGAGCAAAAUAUCUGAUGAGAUUUGGAUAUUUGAUAUUUCGGCGUACAUUCUGGUCAUUUGAUGUAAAAGUUGGUGCUUUCUUAUUUAGUGGAAAAAAGUUGGCUUGUUUCUGAUAAUCCAUAAUAUGGCCAAAAGAUGGAAUACACAUUGGGAAACACAUGGUAUUGAGUCGAUCUGAUCAAAUAUUUAACGUCAACUAUCCCAUGCCCACGGUUUAAAGGAGCUAAAUCUCUAUUCUUUAGAACCUCGAAUUUUCAUUCAAUUUUUAAAAUUUUGUUUGUAAUUUCUAAUCAGCUAAUUGUAGUCGCUUGCUUCUUGUUUCUCCAGUCUACAGUGGGAGUGCAGUUUUGCAUUUCACUUGUGUACUAACGUUUUGCCUCGUUCAUCACCAAUGGCGCGCGAGCGUAUAGAGAACACUACGUAGAGUACUGAUUUUGAAGUGUGUAUUAAAUAUUAGAUACCAGGGUCUAAUAUUUUCACAUACUGAUUGAAAUGGACCAAUAUUAAAUUCUUAUUUCGAAGAUUAUUGACAAUAAAACAGAGUUAGAGAUUUAGCUACUUUAAGAUGUAUGCAACUUUGUAUUACGUGAUAGUAUUACAAUUUCGAUAACGAAUUAUUUAUAUUUAAUUAUAUAAGUUUGCUUUAUACUCCUUAUUUUAGUAUUAAAACAAUAUAUUUUUGUAUGUAUUAGGCUUUUUACAUAUAAGUAUUAUUACCGAUGCUUGAAUUUAUAAAACCUAUAUCGCGCUGGCAACCUCAUUCAUACGAUUUAGUGCAUGUAUUAAUAAAUGGUCACCAAACAUUAAUCAAGAACACUUUUAAACGAAACGAUACAAAAGUCGUAUUUACGAUCUAUUUCCUCAACUGACGAGAGCCUAAAUUCACCAAAUACUUUCAUUCUAUAAUUUUAUUUUUCUAUAUCAUAUACAAAAAUAGUUAAAAAUACGUUUUUAGGUUGCACAAGGUGGCCGGAUUAACCUCGAGAGAAGAUAUUUUUAUGAGGUUUUUCAGACGUUUUUGAGAAAGCCUCCUGAAAUGCUAUUUUAUAAAUCGCUAUAUACUUAUUUUUUGUAUAGAAUUAAAUAGUAUAUAUUGUAUAGAUUUAAAAAUGAAAUAUUUUAUAAGAUAUAAUCUAAAUGUGGUUUAAUGGACUUACGCCAUUAGUUCAUGUUGUCUGUAUUAACUUUUAUAUAUUUCAAGCAUAUUAAAGGGGUCAGUUUCAUAUACAGUUGUAGCUACUUUUGGAUUUAUUUAAUAUAAGCUUCUGUCUGGAUUCAAAUUAUUUAUUACCAUAGAAGCCUUACCGUUCGGAUCAUUAUUGGUUUAAUUAAUUCUGCUUAUGAUCCGUAGCGAGAGCAAAUACAUUGGCAAAGGAUGAAGUACAGUCAAUCGAAUCUUUCGCCGAGCGGAGCGCACGUUAAAUUUUUGAUAAAAUAUUUACGGUUUCCUUUCAACCCAUGAUACAUGGAACUACUAAACAAAAUCCUUCGGUAUUAAUCUGGGUGGAUUUAAAAUGUACCUUCAGUGGUAUCAUAGACUAUGAUAAAAAAAGAAUUUGGUUCCUUUAUUAAUUUUCAUUAUACAUUGUAUUUCUGUAUAUUUAUACUGUAUAUUACAAUAUGUAAAACUGGAAAUAUAGAUAAAUAGUAUUAUACAAUA